CCAUUCACCAGCGCUGUGCAACUAGAGCCCUCUGCCUUUUUACUGCUUCUUACAACCAAGUGCGCUUAGCGGUACCCCAGCUGCCCGCCGCGCCGGUUUCCUGAACCGCCACGUUCUGUUAGCUUUAAGCUAAGAUGGAGCUCCUUAGCAUUAUGAUUCCCCUGCUCCAGUUCUCGCUGGCUGUGGCCGUCCUGGCGCAGUCCGCGAUGGCGGUGUCCGUCCUGGAGGGCGGCAUGCUCACUUUGGUGAUGGCGCUCUGCGUUUGCGCUGUGUCCUCGCAGUCAGAAUCCUCAUGCCCAGGGCACUUGGACACAGCGCAAACGCAGAGCGCCAUCACCAAAGUGAGCAUGCCGCCCUCCAGGACGGACACCGCCAUCGCGGACUGCGCCAGGACGGCCACAGCCAGCGAGAACUGGAGCAUGGGCAUCAGUAUGCUAAGGAGCUCCAUCGUAGCUCAAAGCAAACAGAACGUGGCUGUACAGGAAACCGGCGGGGCGGGCAGCUGGGGUACCGCUGAGCGCACUUGGUGUAAGAAACAGUAAAAAGGCAGAGGGCUCUAGUUGCACAGCGCGGGUGAAUGCGUGAUGGGUCACCGCGUGCCGAGUCCCUAUUUGAGCUCCGGGCUGCGGGGCGAUGGGGGGCACGUGAGGUCGCAGCAGGGGACCACUGAGCGCAUACCGGCAGCGAGUGAUGCGUGUGGAGACAUUGCCUUGGACAACGCGGAACAUGGGCGUGGGCGUUGCAGCCGUGGGCGUUGCAGCUGUCCGCAGCGCCCUGCGGGAGCGCUCGGGUGCUGCUGCUGGCUAGCUCGUGCAUUGGGGGUCUUGCCAGGGUCGUCCUAGGGCGGCGCGGCUUAGCCGGCCAACAUUCAACUGAGCCUGCAUCGUACUGUGGGUAUGGUGGCUGCGAUGCCGACCUUGCGCCGCGUUGUUGCUCUUCCCCGUGCUCAGGUCAAGUGCAAUACCUGCUGGCUCGGCAGCCGUGGGAGCGCUGCGGCGGCCCACAGGUGCGGGCGGAGCCGAUGGGCACACCCACGGGCUCUGGAGACCUGGCGGAGGCGAGGUGCAUCUGCAGGCGCUGCUGGAGGUGGGAGCGGUUGGGGGCGAUGUCCCACGCUUUGUGUGGGUGCGCUGCAUUUCGACUUUCCAUCUGGGUGGUUAUGUGGCUGGGAUGAGUGCGUAAGUACACCUUUCCUGGAUCGUCUCGACCCACAUGCCCGGUAUCGGCUGCAACCACCGGUGUGUGGGAAGGCGUCACCCGACCAAGUUAGACUUGCAUGUCAGUCCCUCAACUUGGAGUGCUGAUGUGCCGCGCAACAUUCUGACAUUGGCCGACUGACGAUGCCCAGUGUGUGAUGCGGUGUGCAGGAGGUGGGUGCGAGUGGACUCCUCAGCCACGUCUCGCAAGCAGCGCCGCCGCGACGGAGGGCCCGUCGCUAGCGCUCACGCUGAACCCGUGCCGCCCCCCGCCGGCAGCACCCCGACGGCUACACAGGUAGCCGCUCCACCGCAUUCAGGCGGUUCCACCAACACUCGCGGCGUGGGACUGGGUGUUCAAGAUGAGGUCUGUAGGCGGCGGCGUCGCGGGCGUGCGCGUGCGUGCGGUGCUGCUUCAGGCGAUGCGGCCUGGCACAGGUCCAGAAGGCGAAGGGGCCGCGGAGGAGUCGGAAGGUGAGCACUGCGCAGGCCAGACAGGAGGUAGAGAGGCGCGCAGGGCUAGACGUAGUAAGCGAGCCGCGUCAAAGCGCGUGCCGUCGCCAGCUGUGCAUGACUCCCUGACCCGGCUUCGCCUUGUCUCUGGCUGUGCACCGCACCCCUACCCCCGCGCACCCACCCUGAACCCACCCUGAACCCCGCUCCUGUCCCUUUCAGACCGCAUGGCCCAAGCGAACGACAGUACGGUAGUGCGGGUGGCCUGGCCUGGCUGCAUUGGCGCGGCAGGAGGCGUGAGGGCGGUACGGGUCAGGCUGACUGCCCACAGCAGCUGUGCGCGGUGGCAUGCAGCAGGGGGCAGGUAGGUGCCCGAGCGCUUGGUGUUGUGGCAAGCAGGUGAAUGCACAUUGAGCAGCGACUGGAAUGUCCGGUGCAGGCGCGGGCACGCAGAGGCUAGCAGAACAUGGAUGGCGGGCGGAGGCAUGCGCCGUGUGCGCAGCCAACCCGCAGCCGGGUACAUGGACGCACGUGUGGUAACAGCUGUGGUCGCCGUUUACACUCCUUGGUCCUACCCACAUGUGCACCGCAUUGCAGGGGACUCCUAUGCCGAGAAGCUCAGCGUUAGCUGUGCAGGAGCGGGCGUGCGGGAGAGGAACGGAGGCGCGCUGGGGACAGGGGGGUGGCACGGCGCAUCGGCUCGAGCUGGUGCAGGAGGUGGGUGCGGCGGUGGAGGGGGCGUGGUGGGGCCUGCGUGUGCGGCGGAGGCUUCGCGAUGUGGGCCACCGGCCUGUGCGAGCUAGCGGGAUGUGGGUAAGCGCCGCGCGGUUUGGGUACAGAAUGCUGAAUUACAGUUAGUUUGU